AUGAUGGACGUGUCCACUUGGAAGGAAAUGGAAGUGGCACUGGUUAGUUUUGACAAUACGGAUGAGGUAGCGGAAGGUCCCUGUUUUUCAAACGACCUCAACGCUGCUGGCCAAUCGCAAAAAGGGCAUCCCAGCUGUUCCAGCCUUCUGUCCAACUGGAAAAUUCUCAUCAACAAUGAGAGCACCAACAAUGAGACCAUAUUCUCCAGAUUGUCGGCAGAAUUCUGUGACCACCUGGGGGCAGAGAAUGUGGGCAUGGAUGAAGGUGACCAGAGAGUCAUCAUCAACAUUGCCGGGCUGAGGUUUGAGACACAACUCAAGACUCUUAGUCAGUUUCCAGAGACUUUGCUUGGAGACCCUGAGAAGAGGAUACAUUACUUUGAUUCAAUGAGGAACGAGUACUUCUUUGACAGGAACAGGCCCAGUUUUGAUGGGAUAUUGUAUUACUAUCAGUCUGGAGGAAAAAUCCGGCGCCCAGCCAAUGUUCCUAUAGAUGUCUUUGCUGAUGAGAUCACAUUCUAUGAACUGGGAGAAGAAGCCAUGGACCAGUUCAGAGAAGAUGAAGGCUUUAUUAAGGACCCUGUCACCCUUUUGCCAACAAAUGAUUUUCACAGGCAGUUCUGGCUGCUAUUUGAGUAUCCUGAAAGCUCCAGUGCAGCCAGAGGUGUGGCUCUGGUCUCUGUCCUGGUUAUUGUCAUCUCUAUUGUUAUUUUCUGUGUGGAGACCUUACCUGAGUUCAGAGACGAGAGGGAGAUUGGUGACUUGAAAGAAGAAGCCAACAAUCUAACUGAAGCUGCUGUGGUCCCCAAUACCUUUACAGACCCAUUCUUUGUGAUCGAAACUGCCUGCAUCAUCUGGUUCUCCUUUGAGUUAUUUGUAAGAUUCAUUGUUUGCCCCAGCAAAGCUGAAUUUUUCAAGAAUAUUAUGAACAUCAUAGAUAUUGUAUCCAUCAUUCCUUAUUUUGUGACCUUGACCACUGAGCUGAUUCAGCACAGUGAGCUAAAUGGUCAACAGAACAUGUCCUUGGCCAUCCUCAGGAUUAUCCGUCUGGUCAGAGUCUUCCGUAUCUUCAAGCUUUCUCGGCACUCAAAGGGGCUACAAAUUUUGGGACAGACCCUCAAGGCCAGCAUGAGGGAACUGGGUUUGCUUAUCUUUUUCCUCUUUAUUGGGGUCAUACUGUUUUCUAGUGCCAUCUAUUUUGCAGAGGUGGAUGAACCACAGUCACAUUUCUCCAGCAUACCUGAUGGCUUCUGGUGGGCUGUGGUCACCAUGACGACUGUUGGCUAUGGAGACAUGUGUCCUACCACCUUGGGGGGAAAGAUAGUGGGGACUCUAUGCGCUAUUGCAGGGGUGCUCACCAUUGCACUUCCUGUGCCAGUCAUUGUCUCCAACUUUAACUACUUCUACCACAGGGAGACAGAGAAUGAAGAGAGACAAAUUUUGCCUAGGGAGGUAGAGAGAAUACUAACCAGUGUGGUUACAGGGAAUGGGAGUAUGGACUCCCUGAACAAUACCCAUGAAAAUUAUUCUCCAAGACAAAAUAAAAAAAUAUUGAGCAGUCACAGAAGCUAG